CUGUAACAACUUUGCAGAUUUUAUUAUAUUCUAAGCAGCUCAUUUUUAGCACUACCAAACUGAGGCACUAGGGGAGCACUGUAAUAACAUAUGGAUCAAUUAACACAUGUUUGGGCUUCUAUAUUAACAAAUGGGACUAUAAUAGAUGGCAAUCUUUGGGGGCAAUACAGCAGAUUUGGAGGAAUUGGGUGCACACAUUUUUGGGGCACCCUACCAGUUUUUGACAUUGAGCACUACAAUUCAGGAUUAUAUUAUCAGGUAACUAAUUUUGGGGUAUUUUGGCAAACUAAUAAAAUGUGGGAAUAUGACUUGGUUGGAGCUGUCAGUGAGUCCCGUAAUUAAUUAAAUAAAUAAUGGCGUACUGUUCCUGUAUGGUGGAUUAAUAUUUGGACAGUGGUAAAAAAAAAAAAAAACACCCAAACAGAAAGUGGUGCUCUGUUCGGGGAAGGAAGCGCAAAUACGCACUGAGUCAGUCCGGGAAUUAGAGAGUCAGAAAAGGGGGGAGGAGGGUGAAGGAGAGAAAGAGAAAGAGAGAGUGAGAGAGAGAGAGAGAGAGAGCUGUAACUAAAGUAGACACCACAAACCUGAGCUUACUGGCAUUUCCCUCCUCCGGCCCAUGAGGGUGAACUGCACCGCUGGAUGCACAAAGUUUAUCCUCUUUCACUGAAAACAUCUCAUAGUUGCAGCCAUGGAGUGCCUCAAAGACUGCUGCAAGACAUUCAUGAAGAAGAAAGGAAAGGAGCAGGAGACCCAAGUGAUCACACUGAAGAUGCCUCCGAACAAGGCAGCAGCAUUAGGACGGGAGCUAGAUGAAGGGAAAAGGGGGGUCACAGAAGAUUACCUACUAUCCAAGCUGCCCCCGGAUGGCAGAGAGGUGCCGUUUGUCCUGCCGACCUUCAAGGCCUCUUACAUCCAACCCAGAGGCUCCCGAUACCCCAAUUUGCAGUCUGGGCUUCAGAGUUCAGCCCGGUGCACGUAUGCAGAGAGGAAAGCAGAGCUGCUGGGCUCCAGUCACUUCACCUACAGCCCCGAGUCCAGCUUCCAUCAGGGUCAGAUGGCGGAGUUCGUGUCACCCGGCUCGACACGCCGCAACACACUUAAGAACAAAAACGGCGGUCCCCAAAGUCCAGGUUGGAUUCUGAAGCCGGCCGUCGAGCAGCGACUGAGCAGCUCCAUGUUUGAUCUGUCCAGCUCUACGAAUCACAUGCAGCGCUUCGACUCCGUCUCCAGCGUCCUCAGCAGCACAUCCUCCAUGAUAGGCUCCAUCGAAAGCAGCCUGGACUCCAUCAACCUGUCUGGGGACGAGCGCGAGUUGGGGAAGGUGUGCGUCCGAGUGAGCUACCAGGAGGCUGUGGAGCAGGUGUGGAUCACUCUGGUCCAGUGUUCAGACCUCAACGUUCCUCUGGAUGGAGUGGAGCAACAAAAGAUUGGAUUUAAAGGGAUCAUCACCAUCCCCAAACCGAUACAGUUCAAGAGCUCGAUUAAGGAGUACUGUCAGGACGUGUCCUUCAUGGAGACCUUUGUAUUUGCGCUGCGUCUCCAGCAGUUGCGCUGCAGUGCUCUGGUGUUGCGGCUGCAAACACACAACCCCAGGAAACGUACGGCGGCGGAGUGCGUGCUCUCCCUACGACAGCUCGGUCCUCAGGAGACAGAGCACUGGCUCGACUUCAACCCUCCCUCCAAGUCCUCUGUGUGUCACUCUGAGCUGCAUCUCACCACCUGCUUUCAGCCAGUCAACGGACGCAUCCAGCUCCAAGUCCUCGCCGCCCAAAACCUCCCAGCAGCCUCCUCACCACUCACCCAAGCAUUUUUUGUCAAAGUGGAGAUGCACCAGUUGGGGCGGGUGGUGAUGAAGAAGAAGACCCGCGUGCUGAAGGCCUCGGGGGGCCAGUGUCAGUGGACGGAGACCUUCCACUUCCUCCUCUCUGCGUUAGAUCAUGCCUGCUCGCUGUCGGUCAAACUCUACAGCCGGAGCUCGGUCAGGAGGAAACAGUGUCUCGGACAAGUUCAGCUGGGAUUUGACAGCCCUGUCGGAGAGGCAGUGGAGCAGUGGAAGGACACCAUGGCUCACCCAGAGAAAGUGGUGUCUGUGUGGCACAGGCUGAGCCCUGCUUAAACCUCCUAAAUUCCUCCUUGCGCACUACAAGACGUGACGCUCCCAUGCUGCAGGUACAGCAGUGCCUGCUUGCUUUUCCAGUUGGCCGGCCACAGUCCUGUACGCUGGCUGAGUCGACUCUGAUGGACCAGACUGUAAACCACUGAACGUGGUCUGAAUGCCCUGGGAGACCAGGUUUCCACAGAAACAGUUUAGGUGCUCGGUUGUAAAUAGGGUUUUCGAACAAAGUACAUAAGGUUCUGGAAAGUGUUUUUGUGUAAAUAAAAUUGAGUUUAUUAUAUAGCAUAGCUUUAAGCUGUAUAUAAAGCUGUCUUUUGUAAGUAUAUCAAGUCAAAACCUUGCCACUCUGUUUUAGUUGGAGAGAAAGUUUACAAGCAGAGUAAAUAACCAUGAAGUCAAACUUGCUGUAUUAAAACUUAGCGUGUAAUUAAGGUCCAUCUUAAAGGAUGAAGCUUGUGAUAUUCUAUGUUUUUCUUGUCAAGAAACCAACCAGCCAACACUACAUUUGUCUAUUUCUCAAUACUUUCCGACUUUCCUACCGUGGCGUAAAAGCUUCCUUAAACAGCGAGACACUGUAGUUUUUUUGGCAAACAUUACUUAAACCUGUGAUAACAUGUUUUUUGGCCACUUGGGGGCAGCAGAAGCAAGUUGUGAUCACAACAUUUACAUAUCACCACUUUUUAAGUUGAUAUGAUGAAGUUACAGCAAACAGUUGUGAACAAAAGUCCAAUAUUAACUCUCUUUUAUUAACUUACUUUUAACUUUUUAGUCUCUACCAACUUGUUUGGGAACUAUCUGGCUCUUAGCUGCUGAAUGCGCUUCUAUGUUCAUCAGCUAGUUGCUAACUGUGUCUGAAUGGAGCUCUAUUGUACAGAGAAAUGAGCAAUAUUAGGCUUUGGAUACACAGACUUGUUGAAUCAAUUCACUGUUGGUUAUGGUCUUUUCCUGGUAUUUCUUGACAAUAAGAAAAAUAUCUCUCUACUUAUCCUUUAAUUUCCUAUAAGGUGAGAUAGAAGUUUUUCCAUUACCCUAAUUUACCUAUAUAGGAUAUCAUGUUACUGUACAAUACAGCAGUAUCAAACCUUAGCUGUACGCUUUUGAUAGUGAAGCACUUUAAUUUUUGUAUGUAUUUAAUGUUUUAAAGUUAAGUGAUUAAAAGUA